AUGUUGAUUCCACUUGCAGUUAUUGAUGAUGUUGCUAUCUUGGAUCCUCGUACCCACAACAACAUGUUACACCCUGUUUAUGUUCUCUUUGAUUCUCGUACCAUGUCUCACUACCACCACCCAACAUCAACAACGCCACCACCUUGGUCUGUCAACAUGUACAACAAUGUCCCAAGAAGAUUAAUGUCUCACUACCAGAACAAUGUCCCAAGAAGAUUAAUGUCUCACAACCAGAACAAUGUCCCAAGAAGAUUAAUGUCUCACAACCACAACCACGUUCCAAGAUCAAUGUCUCACAACCGCAACAACGUUUCAUCAAGAUUCACUUCAUCAACGAGCCGCAACAACGUUUCAUCAAGAUUCACUUCAUCAACAACCGUGUCUGUGGUAGAUGAAACUCUUGUCUAUGAUUCUACUAUCACCAACAACAUUCCAAGAACACGCUCAUUUAAUCUCCACCACCACAACAAUGGUACUAGAGCUUCUUCUUCCCCUGUGAUCGGUGUUCAAGAACAUGUUACAACAUCAACAACAGAUGCAGAAUCCAUCUGUUGCAUUUGUCUUGUUCACUUGUCUAAUGCUUCUUCCACGCCAAUUCGGUUGCGCUGCUCUCAUCUUUUUCACACUGAAUGCAUUCAGAAAUGGGUUAAUAUCAGACAAACGUGUCCACUCUGUCGGGCCGAUGUUUAG